AUGUUGGGCCUGGGAUACCAUAACCUUCUUCUAGCAGCUCUCCUGUUGCUCUGCUCAGUGAUGAGCUCCUCCUGGGCGGCGCGGGACGACGUCGUGGCCUAUAGCUUCGCCACCAUCAACAGUACCACGGCCGACGGCUUGACGGUCGUCACCAACCAGUCACAGGUAGUGUCAGGUCCAACCCUGUUCGGCAUCGACCACCCGACCCUCUCCGCGGUGAACGAGUCCGCCUGGUUCGUUGUCCUCUCGCGGACGGUCGAGCUCUGGCGCGGCGGUGAUGGCCGGCAGGGACCUCCCCGCCAGGCAUCCUUCAACACAAGCUUCACCAUGGACGGGACCUCCCCUGUGGCGUUCGUCGUCCUCCUCGACAGGUUCCCGACGUAUAAGGGAAAGUUUAUUAGUGUGACGACGUUCAUCUCCGGCCCGGGCGACCCCACGCAGCGGGGCAGCAACCGCUUUGCCGCCGUCAAGGUUGGCACGGUGAAGUCGUACGCCCCGGAGUCUCCACGCGUGGGCCUCAACGUCACCGUCACGCCCAGCAGCGCGACGCCGACCGUGACCGUGUGGAUCGACUACAACGCCGUGCUGUCCCGCCUAGGAGUGUUCGUCGCCCCCGCCGGCCGGACUAAGCCCCGCGAUCAGCUCGUCGGCGACUCGGCCGUCAACUUGACGGGUCGCACCAACCAGUCCGCGUUCGUCGGCUUCUCCGCCUCCAGGGUGGCCUAUGUCCUCGCCGGCAUCCGCGGCUGGGAUCUGACGGUGGAGAGGCUCUCGCCGGCUGCCGAGAAGGAUGAUAAUAAGAAGUCAUGGCUGGUGAUACUGCUCGCCGUUCUAGGAUCUGUGGCUUCCACGGCUGCUGUGCCGCCGCCGUCGGUUUUUACUACAACUCCAGGAACCUUUGGCUCCGUGUACAGAUGCAGGCUUCCUGCGGCACUAGAAACGGGCCGUCCAGAAAUGGAGGUGGCCGUCAAGAAGUUCACGCGAAACGACGACCGGCGCUUCGACGACUUCCUGGACGAGGUCAGCGUCAUCAACCGUCUGCGCCACAAGAACAUCGUCCCUCUCAUCGGUUGGUCUUACCAUGAUGGGGAGCCCCUCCUCAUCUUUGAGCUCAUGCCCAAUGGCAGCUUGGACCAACAUCUCUUCCAUCUAAGAACACCAAUUCUCCUAUGGGACACCCGCUAUGCCAUCGUGAGGGACAUAGCCACCGGCCUGCACUACGUUCAUCAUGAGUAUGAGCCCACAGUUCUUCAUCGUGAUAUCAAGGCGAGAAACAUCAUGCUCGAUUCCACCUUUGGUGCCCGCCUGGGUGACUUCGGCAUUGCCUGCACGGUCCCUCUUGACCGUAACUCCGUCACCGGCCUCGCCGGGACACAUGGCUACAUAGCGCCGGAGUACGCCUGUAGCUACAGAGCUACGAGAGAGACUGACAUCUAUGCGUUCGGUGUCGUCGUCCUCGAGAUCGUGACCGGCAGACGGGCGCUCGACAGGGAUGUCCCGUCUGAAGGUCACAUCACAGACUGGAUAUGGCGUUUCCAUUGGGAGGAAAAGUUGCUCGAUGCCAUGGAUCCCGUGCUUGCCAUGGCGGGGUUCGAUGAUGAUGACGCCAAACGCCUAAUGCUGCUUGGCUUGGCGUGCACCAACCCAAACCCGUCGAACCGGCCAAGCAUGGUGGAAGUGGUGCAGGUUAUCACCAAGUUAAAGCUACCGCCGGCCGUGCCUCCUAAGAAACCAACGUUUGUGUGGCCUCCACAAGGAUGGAGUUCAUUGAGCUCUUACUUUAGCACAGAGACAAGUACAAUUUAUGCAAGUGGCUCAUCAACCAAGGCCAGACAGGUGUAG